AUGUUCGGCCGAAUGAAGGAGGGCUUGGGAAGCAUGAGGAGGAAAGAGUCUCCUCUGGAGGGCCAGCUGAAGGAGGCAACGUCGCGAGAGAAGUGGGGCGUACCCAACACGACGCUGCAGGCCAUAGCAACGGCCACCAACAACAUGGAAGACUGUGACAUGGUCAUGGGCUUUAUUUGGAAGAUCCUUCAGGAGAAGAAGGACAAGGAGUGGCGGCGCAUUGUGAAAACGCUGGCUUUGAUCGAGGUCAUCCUCAAGUAUGGCAGCGAGCGGGCAAUCCAGGACAUUCGAAGAGACCAGUGGAGAAUUCAGCAGUGGAAAGAGUUCCGCUUUAUGGAGGAGGGCAAGGAUGUCGGGGCGGGAAUCCGCUCGAAGGCGGCCUCCAUCCUCGAGAUGCUGACGGACGAAGAGUACUUGCAGGAGGAGAAGGAUAAGGCUCAGAAGCUCCAGCAGAAGAUGACGUCUGUCGGUGCGCCCGGGGCCGAUGUGAAACAGGGCGGCGGCGCCAGCGCUUUCAAGUCGCCCUUCGAUCGGGCGCGACGACCGUGGCGGCGGAAGCAUCCGGAAGAGAGUCCGCACUCCAGCCCCAGCUCGCCCGUUGCCGGACGCCUGCCCCAAUCUGAGGCCGACGUCGCGGCGAUGGUGCAGCUCUUCAUGAAUAUGACCAACGAGAGCAGGUUGACUGCGCAGGAUUGGCUCGAGCGGCACAGCUGGAAUGUCGAGGAAGCUGUGUUCAAGUCGGGUGCUAUGGCCGCCGCAGAACGAUCAACCACUGCGAGCUUGAACGAGUCAGAGGAGAGCAGCUCGGCUUCUCAAAGUGACCAGGCACAGGAUGUGAGUACUCGUCCUGCACCAACUCAGAAGAAAGACGGAGCAGCAGAAUCUGCGGGCAGCAGCGGGCAUCCUGGUACCUGCACGCCCUGCAGUUUCUACUGCUUCUCACACCGUGGGUGUCAUUUAGACCGCGACUGCAGCUACUGCCAUCUUUUUCACGAGUCAGGUCGUCAAAAGAGAAGGAGGGAAUGGAAGCAAAAGUUGGCUCUGUCACGUUCAGGAGCAGUACGUCGAGAUGGGAACAGAUCCUCGCGGAAUGAUGUCGGACAAGCGCAGCCUUCCCGUUCGACCUCUCAUGCGACUCUGCCGGCACCUCCCGGAUUGCCGGCACCUCCGGGAUUGCCGGCAGCUCCGGGAUUGCAACCCCCCCCGCCAUUACUACCCUCCCGUUUCUGGGCUGGCGUGCAGCAGGCCAGAAAGAGUGGGGCCGCUUUCGAAGCAUUGAUCCAGCACACCUCGAGGCAGGGGACUUCCCUUCGCACUGAAGCUGAAGCCACGGCCAUGGCGACCGGGCCGCAUCCUGUGGCGCCCUCGCCUCCUCUAUGGCUUCAAGGCAACAACGACAACCUUCGUGAGCCCCUUCUGGGCCAGACCGCCAUCGACUUCUUCCAGUACAGGAUGUACAGGCCCACAACUCUCGAGAGUGCUGGGCAGAGGGUGGAGUCGUGGCCGUCGAUGUCUCACCACGCUGUCUUUCAGCUGCUCUGA